AAAGUAGCUAGGAUCAGUGACCUACUAGAAUAGCAUUGGUAUGUUCAAUUCACCAAUAAAUUCUAUGAAGGUCUGUGUUAGCUAUGCUGUGAGCACAUCAGCUCCAAGUCUUCCACAGGUCAGAGUAUACUUUCAUAUAUUUUUUCAAGACUAGGUAAUGACAGAUGGCUUUCUGGGGAAAAGAAUUUCAGUUGGUAAAGAGCAGGAGGAUGAUGAAAUUGUAUGGGAUUUGCUGACUGAUUUAUCUGAAAACUAACCUACAAAGAGAGUUGGAUCAGAUGACUUUUGAAGGUCCUCAACCAAUUCUGUGAUUUGAUUCUGCACUCCAGUGUCCAGAAGCUGAAGCUGUCAUCUGCUUUGGUGAGCUCUGUAUUCUAGCUAUCUAAUCCAGUUUGAAGUUACCUUUAUUGAAGAGGCUGACCAGUAUGAUAAGCAGAAUUCCAGGAGCAACAUUGCUGGACCUGAUGUUUUAACAGCCGGCUUUCAGGACAUCAGUGUUAUGUGUCUGAUUUGAUAAUUGCCACCAUGUGAGGCUGGAGUAAAUAUAGCACAUCAGGAGCUUUAUUAUAAAUGAGCACUGAUUCAGCCCUUGGGCUGUCAUUUCUUGGCACUUGCACUGGUGAUUUUUCAGGUACUUUGCUUCUAAGAUGGAUCUUAUAUUUUGGGAUAUCUUCUAAAAGCCUGUGUUUUUGAAGAGCCAACUCGAAACCCCAGAUCAAUUUCUUUUGCUGCUUGCAAUAUUCCUUGUGGCCAAUGACUCAAAUAGAAGAAGAUACUGCCAAAGGCAUGGAGAAGGCGAUUGUUCGUCCAUAUAAAAGGCCAAAUGCUCUCUGUAGGCUGAUUUGCUUUCCCUGGGCUGGAGGUGGAACUUCUCACUUUGCUCAGUGGGGCAAACUCUUCAGCAGCUCAAUUGAAGUGUCAGUUGUAAGGCUUCCUGGAAGAGAAAGUCGCGCUAAGGAGCCUUUUGCAAAGGACAUGACAGCUGUCAUUAAUGAAAUAACCAGUGCUUUGCUGAAAGAUCUGCAAGAAAAACCAUUCGCCUUCUUUGGUCACAGUUUUGGAGCUUACAUCAGCUAUGCAGUUGCAGUACACUUGAAAGAAAAGCAUGGACUAGAGCCGAUCCAUCUUUUUUUAUCAGGGGUAUAUGCCCCACAUUCUGAAGCAUUUCUUCUGAUGGGAAAAGUAAAUGAAGCAAAGGAUGAAGACAUUCUUGAACAUGUCAAAUUCUUAGGAGGAACUCCUUCUGAGUUUCUGAAAAAUGAGGACAUCAAGAAACACUUGAUACUUACUGUAAGAAAAGAUGUUAGCAUUCUUCAGACAUACUCUUUUGAGAAGGCAGAAAGAAAAACCAUCUUCUCUUGUGAUGUCACCUGCUUUGAUGGCUCUGAAGAAACAGUGCAUGAUGCCGAAGCCUGGCUCAAUAUAACCAGAGGAGAUACUUCCAUUUACAGUCUUCCUGGAGGUCACUUUUAUCUGCUGGAACCUUCAAAUGAAAUUUUCUUGAUAAAACAUAUAACCAAGUGUAUAGAAAAUGCUGCUUUAUGAGUAUUUCCCUCUAUUUUAAUAGCAAGUGUAAGUCUACAGCACUUAAUAAUUAAGUCAUUCUUUCUGCUGAAUUGCACUGUUAUGCCUAAAAGUUACUCUGUUCCUCCAGAAGAUCUUCACUGUAAUUCUUUAAGAGGGUUUAAAGAGUU